CACCCCGACGACCCCCGUGCGCGGCCGGGAUCACACCCUGAUCGCGGACGCACACAGCCCCCUCCUCGGGUCCGGGGCCCGGGACCCCAGAGCCCCGCGCACUCUGCGCGCCUGCACCUCCGCGCGGCUUGCACACGAACAAAUGCCCGGCACCGCGCACGCUGGGCACCCUUACCCGGCCCAGCCACUCCGCGCAGUGCGCAUCGCAUCGCACGCCCCGCGUGUGCACACACGCGGCUCACCCCACCAUUUACACGCCUCCCCGCGCCCACGCUGCACACACGCCCCUCACUUUCGCAUUCAGCAACCUGACUGUCCUCACUGUCCCUGCUCUGGCUUCACACCUCCUCCCGACACUCCGGUCCCCAUACACCCUGGGGGUUCCUGAGGCAGAAGCGUUGGGUCUGCGGGAACCGUCCCAAUCUGGAGGGAAACGUUGCACCCCAGCCCAAGGAGACACUGGCUGUGUGAAGAGCCAGAGAUGACCCUCAGUCUCCGGUGGCACCAGCCUGAGUGGGGGGCUUUCCAGAGCUUAGGAGAGGGGUACGGCGGGGCAGGGAAGGAAGCUUGCCCAGACUCAGGGCCUCAAGGCUGUAGAUUUGGGCUGAAGUGCGGGGAGAGAGGUGGGGGGCCGGGAGCCUGGCCUGUGGGUGGAAGGCCCUAAACUGGCCAUCCUGGGAGUCCUCUUCCAGGGGCUGCAGAGAGACUGUGUGCCGCCCUCCUCCAUUCCCAAAAGCCUGGGAAAGCUGCACCAUGGAAUGUCAGCUCCUUCUCCCCAUCAGGGGGUUACAGUUUUAGAGCACAGCAGCAAUAGUGCUUCCUAUUAGAAAUGGGAAACUGAGACUCAGAGAGGGCAGGAGACCCACCCAAGUUACCAUAGCCAGUGUGAAGAAGGGUUAGGACAAGUCCCCAAGCCCCCAGCCUCCCUACUCUGAAGUCUGAAAGCUUUCCUAAGCAGCUCUGCAGAGUGGGGGCUCCCAGCCUGGGUUUCAAACCUGGACUCUGCCACUUGUCAGCUCUGGUGACUGACUGACAAAUAAGACACAUCUGUAGGCUGGCAGUGCUGCCCACAUUGCACCUCAGUUUCCUCUCCAGUGCAAGGAGCAGGGUAGCAGCCCCCUCAGAGGGCCGUGGUGCUGAGAUGACACAGGGCAAGUCACACAGUAGGUGCCCAAGAAAUGCCAGCCAGCACCUCCCAGCCAGUCUGUCCUGCGGUUUCUGUGGGCUAUUUGGGGGAUGGCAGCAGGAUGUGGUUAUCUCAGAAAGCGGAGGAGGGGGACUUGAAAAGGUUUCAACCUAAAGAUCCUGAAGAGGCUCACAGCUUGAAGGGUGAGGCUCUCCUGGGCCCACCUCCCAACCCUUCCCAUUCCCUUGCUAGCCAGAGAAUGAUGUGAGGACACUGGGCAAGGAGGUGGGGUGGAGCAGAGGGCAGGGACAGAAGGCCCCUCUCCCCUGCCGAGACACAGCAUUCUUGGAAAGCCAAUUCUCUGACAAGCCCAGGAGGGGCCUCUGCCAUGGUCUGAUUCCAGCAAAGCCGGGGGAAGUGGGGGGCUCUUCCAACUCCCCACCCCAAAAGGCCUGCCUGGUCAGGAGUCAGCAUGGUGGCCAAGAGCCCAAGCCCAGAUCCAUUGCACCCUGGCACCAAUCCCGGUGUUGCUACUUGUAUGCUAGGUGACCUCGGGCCCCAGCUUCCUCAUCUGUAAAAGGGAGAUCCAUUAAUCCAUUGAAUCAUCAUGUCCACAUUGUGUACCUACUACAACCAGACGCAGUGCUAAGCACUUAGCACAUAUUAUGUCCGCAUGCAUGCAGCAGUAAGGAGAUAUGGCUAGUCACAGUCACCACAGCAGGCACCAUGGCAGUGGAUGUGGCAGAAUACCAUCUGAGCGUCAUCAAGAGCCCCCCUGGCUGGGAGGUGGGUGUCUAUGCUGCAGGGGCCCUGGCCCUGCUGGGAAUCGCAGCUGUGAGCCUGUGGAAGCUCUGGACGUCGGGGAGCUUCCCCAGCCCCUCUCCGUUCCCCAAUUACGACUACAGGUACCUUCAGCAGAAGUACGGCGAGAGCUGCGCGGAGGCCAGGCAGAAGAGAGUGCCUGCCUGGAAUGCCCAGCGGGCCAGCACACGGGGACCAUCCAGCCGCAAAGGCAGUCUCAGCAUUGAGGACACUUUUGAGAGCAUCAGUGAGCUGGGGCCUCUGGAGCUGAUGGGCCGGGAGUUGGACCUGGCCCACUGUGGGACCCUCCGGAAGUCCCAGUCGGCUGACUCCCUGAACUCCAUCUCCUCCGUGAGCAACACCUUUGGGCAGGACUUCACCCUGGGCCAGGUGGAGGUGAGCAUGGAGUACGACGCUGCCUCCCACACCCUGCACGUGGCAGUGCUGCAGGGCAAGGACCUCCUGGAGCAGGAGGAGGCCAGCUUCGAGUCCUGCUUCAUGCGCGUCAGCCUGCUGCCCGAUGAGCAGAUUGUGGGCAUUUCCCGGAUCCAGAGGAAUGCCUACUCCAUCUUCUUUGAUGAGAAGUUCUCCAUCCCCCUGGAUCCCACAGCCCUGGAGGAGAAGAGCCUGCGGUUUUCUGUAUUUGGCAUCGAUGAGGAUGAGCGCAACGUCAGCACGGGGGUGGUGGAGCUGAAGCUUUCUGUGCUUGACCUCCCGCUGCAGGCCUUCAGCGGCUGGCUCUAUUUACAGGACCAGAACAAGGCUGCCGAUGCUGUGGGGGAGAUCCUGCUCUCCCUCAGCUACCUCCCCACAGCCGAGCGCCUCACUGUGGUCGUGGUUAAGGCCAAGAACCUCAUCUGGACCAACGACAAGACCACAGCAGACCCCUUCGUCAAGGUAUACCUGCUGCAGGAUGGGAGGAAGAUGAGCAAAAAGAAGACAGCCGUGAAGAGGGAUGACCCCAACCCGGUGUUCAACGAAGCCAUGAUCUUCUCGGUGCCAGCCAUUGUGCUCCAGGACCUGUCUCUCCGCGUGACGGUGGCUGAGAGCAGCAGCGACGGCCGUGGGGACAACGUGGGCCAUGUCAUCAUUGGGCCGUCAGCCAGUGGCAUGGGAACCACACAUUGGAACCAGAUGUUGGCCACGCUGCGCAGGCCUGUGUCCAUGUGGCACGCUGUCCGGCGAAACUAGCAACCAGGGCGGGCCAGGUGGGCAAUGGAGCUGCUGGAGCCUGGUACCCACUCGGCUCUGUCUGAUGCCCUCUCCAUAGCCCAGCUGGAGCCGUGAACACUGGGGUCCCCUGGUAGAGUCCUCAUGAGCCAUCCUGGUCUCUCUGUCCAGAUUGCAGCAGAGGAGUGGGCGUGGCUUUGUGUCCAGGGCCCCAGGGUCUUCUCCUGCUGAGGACCAGCUGUGGCUGGGCCAGGACAGAGGGAGGGUGCUGGGCACUGGACAGCUGUGCUCCAUCUCAAGCUCCCUUAACCCUGCUCCUCCUGGGAGGCCGAGGCCAGCUGCCAAGCCGGGCUAUGUUCUGGAACCCAGCGAAUCUUGGGGGCCAGGCACUGUGCUAGGCACCAGCAGGAGUAACACGAACAAACCUGGCCCUUAGGACAUCAGGAAGACAAGCUCCCCUGCCCCUGAGGAUCUGCUCAGUGCUGAUGGCAGCCCAGCUGUGUGGACUCAGGGGCUCUGAGGGCUGGGGAAACAGGAAGUAUCUCUUCGACAAGGUAGGAGCUGCACUUGGAGGGGCAGGGAAAGAACUGAGCAUGUUGCAGGCAGCGGGCCCAGCCUGAGCUAUGGCAGGAUGUGAACUUCCCAUCACAAAUGCAGCCCUCAGCCCACUGCAGUGGAUACAAGGAAGGGCCUCUCUCAGGGCCGGAGAAGAGACCAAGAGACCAAGAGACCAAGAGACCAGGCCGAGGCGGAAGACUGCUGGCCACGUGGAACACUGGCUCCAGAGUUAUUCUCUGUGAAAUCUACUCCCCAGACCUCAAACAUGGCAAGAACCAGAGGUCCAAAGAGGCCCAGACACAGGUUGUUGUGCUCAGUCCUGCACAAACCAGGCCCAGGCUCUGCAAGCAUUUGAUGCCCUUCCAGGCCCACUGGGAGAAAGACGCCUCAGGCAGGUCUCAGCUGGGAGGUGGCAGGGGUGGGGCAGAGAGAAUACUGGCUGCAGAGGUCUUGGUGGGCUGCAGGUGCCUGGGAAGAUGUGGUGGACAAGGAGGCUCUCAGGCUGGACCUUGGAGGGGUGGCAGCGGAAGGACAGCCCAGGUGGCUGAGGCCUGAUGGGAAGCCAGGAGAGGCCAGGGUGGAAGGGCGGUUUGAGGGACGCCAGGAUAAGACUGAAUGCCAGGCUAGGAAGGAGAUGGCUCUCAAUCACAGGGCGGGGGGUGCCCCUGACACUGGGUCUCCUAGCUUCUAGUUCCCGAGAAGCGAAAUCUUAGAGGGGGAUUCUUGGCCAAGUAGCUUCUUGCGGGUGAGUGCUCCGAGAGAAACUUACCAGAGCCAGAAAGGGAGCUGAGGCUGGAGGGAGGAAGACAAGCAAGUGUGGCUUCAAGAUCAUCGCCUUGGCCUGACUGCUGUGGGGGCAGGGGCCUGGGCUGUGAGAGGCACCCUGGGGCUCCCACCCAGAAGCAGAGGGGCUGGGCUGUUGCAUCUCUACUGGCAUCAGUCUUUGGUUACCCCCCAGCUCCAGUAGGAGGAGAGCAGGCAGAGCUUAUCGUCCCCAGCCUGGCAUCCCACAGUCCUAGGAAGCCGCUUCUUGCCUUCAUGGCUGAGUGCUGGGAAGGUCUGAGCUCACCCAGGCCAGCAGGUGGGGUAUCAUCUGCUCGGUGGGGCCACCCACAGGUGACAGCAUGGACCUUAAGGCUGGCUGCCCCUGUUCCUUGGUCCAUAACUGGUGAGCUAUGGCGACCCAGGCCAACCAGUUAUCCCCAGUGAUAUGGGGGGAGGAGGGGCUGGAACAGGGGCCCAGGGGACUGGAGGCAGGAUGGUGGCUCUCCCCACCUGUCACAGCCAUGGCCCAGGCCCAAGGCCAGGCUGUCUACCCUGUGGCCACAGCAGGAGGUCAGCCCAGGGCCAGGAAACACAAGGCUGGAUAAGGCUUUGUAGCCUGGGAGACCCCAACUCUCUCUGACCCAGUGGCUGUGCAGUGCAGGCCACUGACCCCCCUGCCCUCUCCCUACUCUCCCUCCCCCUGACUGCAUGACAUGUUAACUGUGUGCCCAGGAUGGCCGUAGUGGGGACGGGGUAUGCCGACUGGAAUGAUUCUAGAACCAAAAUAAAGCUGGGGCGGGAAGAGGGGGCUUCCAGGGAGCCCUGCUCGGCCCUGAAUCAC